AUGUCCAACCCGGGGUUGACAGCUGCGGGGAGCAGCACAUACUCCUCGAAUACUCUUCAUGUGGGAGAUGGCACUUGGGAUACGCAGCGUGAUACUUUUCUCCUGCCCAAUUUGAUGGGCCUGAACUUCGAAACGAUGCGAUACAAUGGUAUGGGCAAUCGCUUCAAGGACAUGCCCGAAUACCACACCCUCAUAAUCGCGCAUGGUGUUAUUGCGACCAUUGUUUUCUUAGGUCUUGUCCCGAUCUCACUUUUGACCAUCCGGUACUACUCUCGAUGGAAUCCCUUUUGGGCCUUCAAGCUUCAUGCAUGGUUCCAGGUUCUCACACUGCUCUUGUCGACCGUGGUCUUUGUUCUAGGGUGGUUUGCAGUCGGGCCAAAGCGAAGCCUGACCAAUCCCCAUCAUGGGAUUGGACUUGCUAUCUACGUCAUUGUGGUCUUCCAGGUCUUUUGGGGGUGGUUUUUGCAUCGAAAAGAAAGCAAAAGAGUGCGCCAUCAUGUCCCUCUCAAGCUCGUGAUACAUCGAUGGCUGGGAAGGGCACUGGCCAUUCUAGGUAUUGUUCAAAUCCCGCUGGGUCUCACACUCUAUGGUUCCCCCAAGGUCCUCUUCAUUCUUUAUUCGAUUGCAGUCUUUGCAUUCCUCGUGAUAUACUUUGUUCUGUCAUACUUGUAUGACGAUGAAGGAUUCCAUCUGGCUAGUGAGCACGGAAGCAGGUACAGCGGCCCUUCCGUCGUUGAAGAACAUCAUCAUGCAGCAGGUGGAGGUGGCGGCGGCAUUGGCGAUGCUUUAGCAGGCGGUGCCUUGGGGGCAGGACUGGCCUCGAUCUUCAAUAGACGAGGCCGUAGUCGCCCACCGAGCGAGGCGUACGAAGAAUCUCGAUCGUCAUACCUCGACGAGAAAUACUCCGACGAGUCCUCCCGGAGCGGUCGUGGAGGAUGGGGCAACAAGAUUCUCGAGCUCGGCGCACUGGCCGGAGCAGGAUUGCUUGCCAAAAAAUGGUGGGAUCGUCGGCGACAGCGAGAAGACGACAGUGAAGUCGGUCGCUAUAAACCUGCUCACUCUCGCAGCCAUAGCUACACCGAAGAAUCGCUGAGCAGGCUGGAAGAUGGUCGACCUGAGCCUACCCAACCACCAGUCACUGCUCGCCCUCCAAGCCGUGCUCCCAGCAGAGCUCAAAGCCCUGGUUCGUCGUACUACUACGACAGCACCUACCUAUCCGAGCAUCCGGAUCGCCGCCCAUCCCACGGAGUGAGGGACGCACUGCUCGGAGGCGGGGCUAUUGCGGCCGUCAAACGACUCUUCAGCCGGAAUAAGGGCAAAGACGAGGAGGAGAGGCGUCGAUUGGAUGAGAUCCGUCGUCGGGAUGAAGAAGAUGAGGCUCUUCAACGAGCGAACAGCAAGCGUCGACGACAUGAGGAAGCGCUGGGGCCAUAUCCCCAGAGACGAAAGCCAAGCUCCUAUACCGAUAGUGAGCUCACACCGACUGAUUUGACACCUCGACCGCACCCGGCCACGCAACGAGUUAUGUCGGGUAGCUCUUUGCUCACUGCAGAACCCAUGGCAAGCGGUGCUGUUGGUGCUGCGUCGGAUGUGCCGCCCUUACCUCCAAUACACCAGGAGUUGUCCGGUGAUUUACCAUCCCCGGAGCGUCCACAUUCACCAUAUUCUCACCGAACCGAGGAUAUUGCAGCUGGUGCCGCAGUGGCCUCUGCACUAGGCGCUGCCUCUCACCGUCGUCGGAACAGUGGCAGUCGUCGCCGGGGUGAUAGCCGACAGCGAUCUGACCAUGUUGAGUCACCGCCAGUAUCUGUCAAAGUGAAGAUGCACAAUGACGGGCGGCAUGUCACUCUACGCCGACUGACUGAAGAAGAAGCCGCAGCUCAGCGAGAAGCGCGGCGUCGCGAGCGCAGGAAUUCGCGACGCCGAGGCAGCAGCGCCGGUUCAUUCUCUGGCGAUGAAGGUCGAGACUACGAUCGUUGGAGGCGCGUUGAGGAACUGGAGCGGCAACAGGCUGAGCAGAUGCGACGAGAGCAAGAAGCUGCGGCUGCUUCACUACCAGUUCCCGGUGGACCGUCCGCCAGCGUGCCGCCUUCGUCUUUCCAUCCUUCUCAGUCACAAAUCAGCCAUCUGCCCCCGCCACCUCCAAUUCCCCCACCAGCGCCAUCCAGUAUGCCCUACGGCCCAGGUAGCGUCACCUCACCUGGUACGUGGACUGGCACAGAAGCCAGUGGGUCCUACGCGAACAACCGUCGGCGGCGGCGUGCGGAGCGAGCAAGGGCCAGGCAAGAGAGACAGCAACACGGUGUGGAAUUCGAGUAA